AUGGACAUGAUGGAACUCAUCCGACAAGAGAUGCCACGGCUUCAUCUCCUGGAACAACUUCUCCCGCAACAACCUCUCCAUCCACUUUUUGGGCCUCCCACAUACGACCUGUUCGUCGCAGGCCUUUCUUGCGAGGAUUUUCCCUUGUUCCGCUGGUCGCUGAUGACCUUCCACGAUGCAACACGCGUUGACUACGCGCGCACACUAAGCCGUCACGGCUUCCUCGUCAACGCCACAGUCAAGUUUCCAACAAAGGAACUUGCGCAGGCCGCUCUCCAUGAGUUCCCCUUUGAAGCCUUUGGCGAAGCCGUUUAUGCGGCACGCGACCCCAGAUGCAUGCAGUGGACGGAUGAGGAGCUUGUGCGCGAGCUCGACUGUGCACGCCUCACCUACGUCCUCAUCGACAACAUUGCGCCCGGCUUCCCGCGCACGCUUGCGCGACAAGUGCGCGAACUCGGCGGCGUUCCAUUCGGCUUUGUCGACAUCGAUGACGACUUCAUCUUCACGGGCCUUGCUGCCUUCCCCACGCCCCAGGCUGCUCAUGCCGCCGUGCGAGAAUUCGACGGUCAUCCAUUCGCAGGCAGGGCCAUGGUGGCUCGUGCAGAAGGGGCGCGUGCACUGGCGGAGGCCGCCCGAAUCCUCCACGACGAACACGUUGCUCGGCGCCAACAGCAGCACGGCGCUCCUUGGGACCCACAGCGUGAAAUUGAAAGGGUCAGGCUCCAAGACCCUGCCCGAACGUUCAACAUCAGAGUUCGAAUCCUGCGUGAGCAUGGUCGCACUCUGAUGCACUGGGUGCAUUUCUUCAACGGCAGAGUGUUUCGGCGUGUGCGUGAGCCUUUCACGGUGUACGUCUCCUUCGCUUCACGUGCGGCAGCUGACGGCGCCAUGGCAGUGCUCAACGCCAUGCGGGCCCACGACGGCAGUCGCCGGUUUGCGGCAGCACGCGACCUGCAGCACGGUGCGUGCGGAUGUUCCGGCUUGCUGCGGGCAUGGGACUGCGCCGUCAAGAAAUCCACCAGCGCCCACAACAAUAUUACAACGGCGCACCAAGCAUGUUUGCUGGAAGACCGCAACGUCAACGGCGGCUGCACGAAGCACUGCGACCAGAAGAUGGCGAUGAUGGCAACCCUUGGAUGCGCCACCGUCAACAAGGGCAUCAUCACCAGCAAGACCAAGAGCAUGCGCGUCAUGGCCUGUUUGCUGGAAGACCACCACGUCAAUGGCUGCAACCCGAAGCACUGCGACCAGAAGAUGGCGAUGACGGCAACCCUUGGAUGCACCGUCGCCAGCACCUCCAAGAGAUGUUUGCGCAAAGACCGUGGCAUCAGCAGCCGCUGCACGAAGCGCUGCAACAAGAUGGCGAUGACGGCAACCCUGGGAUGCGCCGCCGCCAACAAGGGCGUCAUCACCAGCAAGACCAAGAGCACGCGCGUCAUGGCGUGUUUCCGCUGCACGAAGCACUGCGACCAGAGGAUCGCAAUGAUGUUCAAGACGCAGAGGCGUUUGCUGAAAGACCGUGGCAUCAACGGCCGCUGCACGAAGCACUGCGACCAGAGGAUGGCGAUGACGGCAACCCUUGGAUGCGCCGCCGCCAACAAGGGCGUCAUCACCAGCAAGACCACGACCAGCACCAGCUACACCCUGACGUUCUUGCUGCUCUGUGGCUACGUGCAGCCCAGUCAGCAAAGCGCACGGACCGUGACGUGUCUCAGUUGCCAACCAACACGCUCCAGCUACAACCAGCGACAACCUCAACAACCUUUGCAACACAGCGGCGCCGUGCCCCUCUACCACAACAAGCCAUACGCGCGUGUGCUGGCAAAGGCAACCCGAUACUACCCGAACCCACUCCACCAACAGCCAAGCCACGCGCGUGGGAGCUGCCCUCUCUUCGCCUUUGUCGCUGUGGAUGACAACCUUACUUUGAGCGCCUUUUUUUGA